AUGGAUAACACAUUCAACCUUCAAUCUUCUUCUUCCUUCCCAGUAUACGACCACAAGCCUCUUCUUCUUUAUGAUCUCGUAGUGUAUACAGCUAUGGAUUCAGUCUCUGAGGGAGUGUCACUACUCAUCCAUGAGCAUCCUAUGGUGCCUUGGAAUGAUAUGGGGAGAGGUGAUUGCUGUAGACGCUAUGAAUCUAUCACGGAUGGCUACUAUUGCAAAAUCUGCGACUUUUUCGUCCACAAGAUAUGUGGCGACGAGGCCUCCGAAUAUAUUCAACACCAAUCUCACUCCCUUCACACUCUUCAGCUGCUUCCAAGUAAACUUCAUUAUUGCGAUUUAUGUGGAAGGAAUAUUAAGGAUCGAUGCUAUUGUUGUGAGAUAUGUGACUUCGACGUGUGUCUAUACUGUGCCAAGUACCCACCACCACCAGAGGUUAUUGACAUUUCCGAGACGCAUCCUCACAAGCUCACACAUGUCAAGGAGCGGACAGAGUUUGUCUGUGAUGCCAAAUGUGGAAAGCGUGGUUAUGGGUUUCCUUACAAAUGUGACGAAUGUGAUUUAGCAUUCCAUGUGGAGUGCGUAUGGUACUCAUACCCAUCGGAUGUGAUACGCCCCAAAGAAGUAAACCACUCUUACCAUUCUUUGCACCCUCUUAAGCUCCUUACAGGCCAUCCACCA